UUUAGGACCGGCUGCACCAAUUCACUCGACAGUGUCGUCAUCAUAAUGACCGAGAUUAUGCGGGAUGGCUUUGGUUAACAUUAGCUGCCUUGUGUGCAUUAAAUAAACGAAGACAUUUCUUACCAGAAUCAGGACAUUAAUAGCUGGAUCUGUACACGACUGCAUUUGCAGUGAGACAAGCUCAAUUUGCCUGCCCCUAAAUUUAAGUCGCCCUCCUAAUUGUGUGGAACUGGUUCUCAACAUCUUCUGCCAUGUUACGUCACUGGGCACUGCUCGGACCUUAUUAAAAAUCCUCUUUGUAUACGGACAUUAAAAGCAUCUAAUGCAUUUCCCCUUUGCAUUUUCAUACACUCUGUGUCUGGUGCACUCCGAUAAAUUGCUACCUUGUAAUGGCAGAGCAAGACCCUGGCAGGACAACAGGUUUUCCUUGCAAACAAUGUGGCAUGGUAUGUCCCAAUAUGCCCAGUCUGCUCGAGCACAUGGACGCUCAUCUUCAAGAAGAGGAAGAACGCAAAUUUAAAUGUGAUGAAUGUGGACGUGGUUAUAGGCAUGCUGGUAGCCUAGCUAACCACAAAAAGACUCACGAAGUGGGUUCUUUUCAAUGUAACAUCUGCGGUAAAGAAAACUCCAAUGCUUUGGCCCUGAAGAGUCAUCUCCGGAGCCACACUUCACAGAAAAAGUACUCUUGUGCCGAAUGUGGGAAAUCUUUUCGUCUGGCAACACAGCUGUCCACACAUGAGAGGGUUCAUCUUGCGAGGCGAGUAAAGGAGCAGACGUUUAGGAAGGUAGACAUGGAAUAUCCCACACAUGAAAACAAAGAUGAAAUUGAAAAUGAUCUCAGUGAGCAGUCGGCCAAUGUCCAGAUUUCUACAGAAAAUAGCCCAGCUGACGACAAGAUGGAGGUUGUUUAUAAUGCACAAUCCGAGACCUCUGAUGAUGCAGAAAAUCGACCUUUCAGAUGUGAUUUAUGUGACAAGUCAUACAUACACCAUCGAAGCCUGACCAAUCAUAAAAAAACUCACCAAGUGGGAAUGUUUGAGUGCACAGUGUGUUUCAAGCUGUUCAAUAACAUGGCUGCCCUCUAUAGCCACCAGAGAACUCACAAGACAAGAAGCGGGACAGACCCUGAUUCAAUGAGUGGCUCAUACACAGACACACCACUGGGCCAGUUUUCACCUGAGAGCCAGGAUACUCCAGUAAAUUUUUGCCAUUUGUGUCAGGUACUUUUCCCCAAUGAUGAAGAGUUCCAGGAACACAUCCAAAUGCAUAACUCUUCCUCUCUGUCAUUUGGUCAUCAUGAUACUUUGUCAGAGAACCACAAUAUAUCGUAUGACAACAGUAUUGCUUCUCCAGAGUCAAAUUUUUAUGCAUCUCCUAUAAAUAAUGUUCCCUCAGUAUCAUCAAUAGAUAAUCAUGGAGGCUUUGAUCAGCCACAGGAGCGGUUAAGAAGUAACGGCCAUGUGUACUCCGACUGCCUCAAUAAUCAAACACCCCCUUCCAACAGCACUCAGGGAGAACCCCCAAUCAUAGAUACAAGCAUUCUCAAUCCGGCCCUGAUGCACACACAAAACACUGAGAAUGCAACUGAACCAGAAGAGACUUCAUCUGUAGAUUCUGAUCGUCCUUUCAGGUGUCAAAUAUGCAGUAAAAGCUACCGGCACUCUGGGAGCCUCAUCAACCACAAAAGGUCACAUCAGGUCGGGAUUUACCAAUGUUCCAUCUGCAGAAAGAGCUACCCUCAUCUAGCUGCCCUAAAAAGCCAUCUUCGUCUUCACAAAGCUCAGUCGGCAUCUUUUGGUCUCAACACUGAGGGGGACUGGCUCUCCUCAGAGCCUCUGACUCUCGAUAACCAACAGAGCUGCUUCUCCUCUCAAGACGAGGAGGAGGAAGUCACUACUCCUGUGCUUGGUGUGGAUCAGGAGAAUGGAGUGGACCACAGCAAUAGAGCGUUAUACCAUGAGCAGUUUAAACAGGACUUUUCCCAGGAUAUCAUGCAUCUACCUCACAAUGAACACCCAACGCAGAGGCACAUGUGUGCAGACUGUGGGGAGACAUUUGCAGAUAUUGCAGGGAUUAAGUCUCACAGUUGCCCACUGCUACAGCAGCAACACAACACUACUAGCAGUGACUAUGACAGUAAUAUCAAUUUCCAGGACAGUAAUGGUCACUGUGUCAUUGGAAAUCCAGCGAGUAAUGUCGAGUGUCACGGUCUGAAUAGCCACGACCAAAGUUACUUUGAACAGAACUUCCAUGACGAUAUGAGCAUUGAUCAGCUGAAUGGUGACGGAGAAGGUGGUAGUGCUGACGAGGAUGAUGAUGAUGACGAUGGAGAUCUUUGUCAGUGCUCUAUAUGUGGAAACAGCUACACCAGCAUGAGGGCUCUCAGGAGCCAUCUCCGAGGGCACACACAGGCGAAUGGUACUCCUGCAAGCUCAGGGCCUUCCUCCAUGUCUUCCCAUGAAGAAAUGAAAGAAGAUGAACCCGGAGAGAUGAUGAUCUGUAGCACAUGUGGAGAAAGUUUUGCCAAUAGGCAGGACUUGAUCAUUCAUCAGGUUCUACACAAAAAGGACCAGGUAGAUAAUGUAAAUCAUGUACAUAUGAACAACAGUGGUGUAUCUGUAGGAAAAGAAGAAGCACAGAGUAUCAUCUGUGGCAGCUGUGGCAUCUUCUGCACCAACUACCAUCAUCUUGAAAGCCAUGGUUGCACAGCUGAGAGGACGGAUGAGUCUACACAUGGAAAGGAGGAAAUUCAAUUAAAUGAUGUUUCCCUGAAUAAAGACAUGAGUCACAACAAAGAAACUCUGGAUUCCGAAGAUCGCCAAUACAAGUGUGAUCAGUGUGGGCGUUCAUACAGACACGCCGGCUCCCUCCUUAACCACAAAAAGUCCCACAAAACGGGUGUGUUCCGAUGUCUCAUCUGCCAGAAGCGCUUCUACAACCUGUUGGCCCUUAAAAACCAUCAGAGGUCCCACUUUGAUAUUAAGAGGCAUACUUGUCAUGAGUGUGGGAAAGCCUUCAAGAUUCAGAAACAGCUACUGAAUCAUAUGAGAAGGCACAAAGAGAACCAAGCCAAAAUCCAAGAUCUCAACAACCAGAUCCAGACUCUCAUGCAGAUGAAUGGGACCGGGUCAGAUGAUGGAGGAAUGCAGUCCCUAACUUCAAAUGCCAGUCAGGCUUUUUCCUCCUCCCGACGCUGCAAGCAACUGCGGGGAGGUAAGAGAGGACAAACAAAGCGGGAGACAGCAGUCAAAUCAGAGGACACAGGUGACCAACGGCCUUUCUCCUGUGAUCAAUGUGGACGCACGUAUCGCCACGCAGGAAGCCUCGUCAAUCACAAAAACUCUCAUAAAACAGGCGAAUAUUACUGUUCUGUUUGCAACAACUCUUACUCUAAUCAACUAGCGAUGAAGAACCACCUGCGCACUCACUUAGCAUAUAAAAAGCACUCUUGCCAAAACUGUGGAAAAGGCUUUAGGGGAAGGAAGCAGCUACUAGCCCACGUCUGUACAGACCUCAGAAAGGAUAGGACCAGAGGCAGGAGGGGCCUAAAACCUAGGGCAUUUAAAUGUAAGGAAUGUAAGCAGGCCUUUCUCUCUGCUGACCAACUGACAGCCCACACCUGCGAUGGACGUUCAGGCAGCAGUGACGCAAAAACAAAUGUGUCUACAAAUAAAGAGGAGCGACCUUUCACAUGCAACAUAUGUAAUCGCAGCUACCGUCACGCAGGCUCUCUGCUGAACCACAAAAACACCCACAAGACGGGACACUUCAGUUGCUCCUUCUGCUCUAAGCCUUUCACCAACCCCAUGGCUUUACGCAAUCACACACGCAUCCAUACACAGAAGAAAAAGUAUGUCUGUCUCACAUGUGGAAAGGCCUUCCGCCUCGCCAGUAUCCUGCACAACCACCAGAGGGUCCACAAUCGCGUUGCAAGUCAUUUCAGCUGUCCUGCGUGUGGAAAGAGCUUCCAAGGCAGGUCUGGCCUGAAGAGGCACCGCUGCCGCAGAGGCCAAGAGAACUCCCCGAGAGCUGGAGUUCAGCAGUCAGAGAGGGGAGACAAGUGCUUCAUGUGUGAUCUUUGUGGGCGCUCCUACCGCCAUGCUGGCUCUCUCCUCAACCAUAAAAAGACCCACUCCGAAAACCUCCACCACUGUACCUUGUGUCUCCAGACAUUUCCUGAUCCUGUCACUCUACAGAUACACUCCAUGAUGAGGCGUCACUGCUGCCCAGAGUGCGGCAAGACCUUCUGUCUAGUCGCACACCUGCAGAGCCACAUGGAGGUGCACUCAAAGGACCAGUCUGUGGUCUGCAGCCCUUGCCAGCAGAGCUUUCCCAACACAGCUAGUUACCAGCAGCACCAGGACACGCACCACAGGGCUCAGGACCCCUAUCAACAAAGCAUGGAUGAACCUGUAGAUAACAACAUUUGCUGGGACUCAGGAAUAAGUCAGACGAUGGGGAUCGACGUGAUGCACAAGCAGGUUCCACCACCUUUGUCCCACAUUCCAGAAAGCAUCACAAAUUCACAGAUGAGUAACGAGUCUCCUGGCACAGAGGAGAAGAGCCACGUCUGCGAGCAUUGCGGCCGCACUUACCGCCACGCCGGCUCCCUCCUCAACCACAAGAACAGCCACAAGACGGGCUCAUUCUUCUGCUCUGUCUGCCAGAAAGAGUUCACCAAUCUGAUGGCUCUCAAGAACCACCGGCGCAUUCAUACAGAGCCCAAGCGCUACCAGUGUCUGGAGUGUGGGAAGGCGUUCCGCGUGUCCACACAGCUCAUAUGUCACCGACGAAUCCACACCAAAGAGAAGCCCUUUGCCUGCCUGCUGUGCGACAAGAGCUUUUCCAGCAAGUCCAACCUGCGGCACCAUCAGAAGAUGCACCAGAACAGCCAGACCUACGACUCGUCUUUUAGCAUGGAUGCUAACGCGUUUAUGGACUUAGACAUGGGGUCUUUUCUUUAAAGUUGGAUUCCAGAUUGUACAAGAGAAGAACACAGUCCUUUUAUUUAUCAGUUUUUCAUCCCUCUAUCAGUAAUUGUAAAACAGUAUUUUUUUCCAAAAAAAUUCUCCUUGUUUAUGACAGAAGCUACCUUGAGGACUUGCACUUUUCAUUACUGACUUCCAGUCUUACCCCCACAAAAGAUGGUGACAUCAUUCAAAAGACUCCAGAGGGUUUAUCAGUCAGCUUUUAAUAAGGCCUGAAUGUUGUCCAUAAAUACACAGGAUCCCAGAGUACAGGACGGCUGAUGAAAGUACUAGUCGGCGCUCAAUCCUCAAUCACAAACAACCCAACCAAAGUGAACAGAAAAGUGCAGCCCAGGUCCAUGCAAGAACAUAAACACUGAUAACAUGUUUUUGUAAGACAGUACUGUUCUAACAGUGAUCUCGCCUCUCUUACUUUGUAUAAUCGUGUUCAGUGCCUCUGUAAGUUCCUUAGGAAACGAAAUAUACAAACUAUAUAUAUCUCUGAAUCCUUUUGUUAGCUUUGCCGUCAGUGUCAAAGGACUGCUCACUUUCCUUUUGGAUUGCACAUCAGGCAAGCCUGUUGUUAUUAAGUCAAAUACCUCUGGGUGUGUCAAAAGGUCAGUGGCAAAGCUAUUUUCUGAAAUCAUAUUAUCAAGUAAAUAGUCGUACUGUUAAUAAUAUUCACGUUGAGUGACAUUGUAUGCUAAAAAAAUGAGUUUUUUAUUAAUUUAUUCCUGUUAUUUUAUGUGCAUAUUUUAUUAGAAGAGCUUUUUAUGAAUGUUGUAAAAAUCUGUCUUCUAAAACUCAUGUAGCCUUUAAGGAACAUCCAUCCAUCCAUCCAUCUUCCGUAACCGCUUAUCCAGUUAAGGGUCGCGGGGGUGCUGGAGCCGAUCCCAGCUGUCAAUGGGCGAAGGCAGGGUACACCCUGGACAGGUCGCCAGCCUAUCACAGGGCAGACAUAUAGAGACAGACAACCAUUCACGCUCACAUCCACACCUACGGGCAAUUUAGAGUCUUCAAUGAACCUAAGCUGCAUGUCUUUGGACUGUGGGAGGAAGCCGGAGAACCCGGAGAGAACCCACGCUGACACGGGGAGAACAUGCAAACUCCACACAGAAGGUUGUCCAGCCGGGGAAUUGAACCCGGGCCCCUCUUGCUGUGAGGCGACAGUGCUAACCACUACACCACCGUGCAGCCCUUAAGGAACAUCAUCUGUCAAUUUGUAUUUGCUUAUUAGUUCUUAGUUACAACAGGCAGGAAUGAAUGAGCCAAACAUUAUUGGCAGCACUCAGGGUAAACCUUGCAAAGGAACAUACCUGAUGUGUAAAACAUUGUAGAUAAUCAGUUUCUGAACUGAGCAUUUUAUCUUCACUUGUGCCAUUUCAACACUUAUAAUUUAGCUCAUGUAACACUUGUCAGUUGACAGUCAGCUGCAGCUCCACAUGCAGUGCAUGCUGUUCAAUUAAGAUUAAUCUUGAACCUUUGAGAAGCCUCAGUUAUGUUAAAGUGCCAGUGCCUAAAAUGUAAGUCAACUGUAGCAGUUAAAUGUGAACAAACCUCCUCUCACUGUACUUGUUAUAAACUGUAAACCACAAUGUUGAUUUUAUAUUGUCCGCAAAAUUAGAUUUUUUUUUUUUUUUUUUU